AUGGCUUCCCAGGAGGCUGCCGAGCCAGGAGCCCAACCUGCAGCUUCCCCCACCCCAAAAAAGAGCCAGAAGAAAGGGAAGGAGAAGCCUGAGGCUGCAGAAGGUGCCCGGGGGGCAGCGGGACCGGAGGCUGAGAUCCAGGAGCUCACCCGAGCCGGGCACCGGGCGCUGGCGCUGGGCGAGGGCAGGGAGGCCCUGGGGUGCUUCAGGAAGGCUCUUCUGCUCUCAGGGGCCACAGCCAGCCCCCAGCUCCGCAGGAUUUGUGCCUUCAACCUGGGGGCUGCCUACGUGGAGACAGGGAAGCCCAGAAAGGGCCUCGAGUUCCUCCUCCAGUGCCAGCCCUCGGAAGGGGACGGCCGGGAGGAGCUUCAGGACCUUUCCUUCAGCCUCGGGGCAGCUCAGGAAGGGCUCCAGGACUUCCCAAAGGCUCUGCAGCCUUUUAGCCAAGCCCUGGGGCACGACCAGGUGGCACAGGCUGGCAGCCGAGCCGGGACCCAGGUGCAGAUGGGCUGCUGCUACCUGGGCAUGAAGGACCCAGCCAGGGCUGCCCACUGCUUCCUGGAGGCCGCCCGGAGCUACAGGGAGGCUGCCAGCCCCGAGGGCACCGCGGUGGCUCUGAGCAGGGCCAGCAGCUCCAUGCUGCAGAGCCAGAGGUUUGGGGCAGCUGAGAUCCUGGGGGUGCUGGCCCAGUGCCACUCACUCUGUGACUCCAUCCCUGAGCCAAGGCUGAGAGGGAAACUCUACAGCGACCUCGGGCUCAGCUAUUCCCAGCUCCACAUCUUCUCCCUGGCUGCUGAGAGCUUCCACAAAGCUCUUGCCCUCUGCAGCAGCCCCCGGGGGGACCGGCGCCGGGAGGCUGCCCUGCUGCAGAACCUGGGCGCCGCCCACAACGCCCUGGGCAGCUUUGGCACCGCCCUGGGCUGGCACCGGCGAGCGGUGGCACUGCAGGGCGCUUUAGGGAACAGGAGGGCACAGGGGCAGUGCUUUGGGAACCUGGCAUAUGCCUGCUGCCAGCUGGGGAACCAUGAAGGGGCUGCCCAGAACUACCUCCAUGCCCUGCAAGCCUUCCAGGACACAGGGGACGUGGAGGGGCAGUGGCAGGCGUGUGAGGGGCUGGGGGCAGCCUGCUGCCGGCUGGGAGACCCCCAGAAAGCCAUUGGGCACUACAAGGAGGCUCUGACUUUGCUUUCCCAAUGCCAGGGCACCCCCAGGGCUGCCCGGGACAGGGUGGUGCAGAAGCUGACCGAUGCCAUCGGGCACCAGCUCUGCCUCCAAGGCCAUUACUGCCAGCAGGGUGGCUGGGUGCCAGCCCCAGCCCUGGGCUCUGGCUCCACUCUGCCUCGUGGCACUGGGAGAAGGCUGCAGGAGAGCCAAGUCUCCAGCGAUGACCCUGCCAGCCGCCAGCCCCCGCGGAGCCAGGAGCCUCGCAGCAGGGGCAGGACCCUGUCCCUCAUCUGCAGCCUCCUGUGA